AUUAAACAGUUUUCAAUCUCAACAGAUACUGCCGUGACCAUACCCUAAUUAGAAGAUCCAAACAACGCCGUUGAAACAACAUCUGGCAGCUACAACAAAAACUGACCACGUCACAUAGAGUUCACAUUCCGCUUUUCCAAACAGACAAACAAAAUGAGCAAAGUGACAUUUAAAAUAACACUCACGUCGGAUCCUAAGCUGCCAUUCAAAGUGCUCAGCGUGCCUGAAGCAACGCCCUUCACAGCUGUGCUAAAAUUCGCCUCCGAAGAGUUCAAGGUGCCCGCAGAGACGAGCGCCAUCAUCACAGACGACGGCAUUGGGAUUAGUCCUCAGCAGACAGCGGGAAAUGUGUUUCUCAAGCAUGGCUCCGAGCUGCGUCUGAUACCCAGAGAUCGUGUAGGCCACUAGCCGACUACUAGACCUAUUAUUUUUGUAUUCAUGUAACAUGUAUAGAGAUUUCCCCGCUAUUAAAUUUGUAAAGCUCGUCAACAUAAA